AUGAAACUAGUUACAAUUUUGUUACUUCUCAUCGUAGUCCUGUAUGUGGUCAAUUCCAUAAACGCCCAAAGAAUUAGACCUGACGAACCACAAGAAGAACAACUAGGAAAACUUUUAGAAGAACAACAAGGCGCCCUACAAGGCGUCCAACUAGACGAACAACUAGGAGGACUACUAGAAGAAUCACAAGGCGACCAACUAAACGAAACACAGGUCGCCCUACAAGGCCAUCGACUAGAAGAACAACUAGGAGGCCUAGUAGACAAACUACACGGCGACAGACUAGACGAACCACAAGGCGUCCAACUAGAAGAACAACAUCAUCAAGAACAUCAAGGCGCCCUACUAGAAGAACAACAAGGCGCUCUGCAAGGCGUCCAACUAGACGAACAACUAGGAGGACUACUAGAAGAACAUCAAGGCGCCCUACUAGAAGAACAACAAGGCGCCCUACAAGGCGUCCAACUAGACGAACAACUAGGAGGACUACUAGAAGAAUCACAAGGCGACCAACUAAACGAAACACAGGUCGCCCUACAAGGCCAUCGACUAGAAGAACAACUAGGAGGCCUAGUAGACAAACUACACGGCGACAGACUAGACGAACCACAAGGCGUCCAACUAGAAGAACAACAUCAUCAAGAACAUCAAGGCGCCCUACUAGAAGAACAACAAGGCGCUCUGCAAGGCGUCCAACUAGACGAACAACUAGGAGGACUACUAGAAGAACAUCAAGGCGCCCUACUAGAAGAACAACAAGGCGCCCUACAAGGCGUCCAACUAGACGAACAACUAGGAGGACUACUAGAAGAAUCACAAGGCGACCAACUAGACGAAACACAGGUCGCCCUACAAGGCGACCGACUAGAAGAACAACUAGGAGGCCUAGUAGACAAACUACACGGCGACCGACUAGACGAACCACAAGGCGUCCAACUAGAAGAACAACUAGGAGGACUACUAGAAGAAUCACAAGGCGACCGACUAGACGAUCCACAGGACGCCCUACAAGGCGACCGACUAGAAGAACAACUAGUAGGCCUACUAGACCAAAUACUAGGCGACCGACUCGAAGAACCACAAGGCGUUCUACGAGAAGUUCUUCCAAGCAUCCUACUAGAAGAGCAACAAUACGAACUACAAGGAGGCUGA